UGUGAUACUAUAUACCGAUUAAUUAGUUUAUGGUGUUUCUUACUACUCUCCCCAUUUAAUCAACGUAACAUACAUGUAUUACAAAUUUUCAAUUAUUCAUACCAUCUAUCGAAACUCCCACAGUUAGAAAUGCUGAAAAUUGGUCCAGAAGAUUAUCGCGCAAUCCUCCAUUCAGAACUACCAUUUCUCUCAUUGAAAGUACUAGCGUUGGAAGGAUAUCCCGACUUGCCACCUCGCGAAGAGGUUGAAAGUAGAAUAAACCUCUUACCAAACUUGACAACAUUUUUCAGCAAGUCAGGUAAUUAUGUCUACUGUACGACAAAGAAAAGGGACUAUAUUUCUAAACGUAUUAAAAGAAGUAGAUUACAUCGCAUUGAACAAUAUUGCACAGAACUUUUUGAGGACAGUGGACCAGACAAACCGAAUUAUAUGAGAGAGGUACAUGAAUUGCUCUAUCAUGAUGAAGGUGGUAUUACACUUUCAUGGGCUGAUAAUAGGAAACUUUGUAGAAGAAUCAAAGUUCAAGAUGUACAUAUGAACGUCAAUAGAGAGAGACCUCAUCAUGUCGAUCCUCGUGAUGCAGAAUAUGAAGAAUACAACAAAUAUACAACAAUUUUUGGUUUACAUGGCAACCACACUUUGUAAGAGAAAUCAUACUGACGACUCAUCUUGAAUAUUCUUCUCAAUCAAAUUCAAUCGAAAAACAUUGGCAAAAUGUAAAUAGCGAAGUUAAGACAAUCUUGGAACAAUGAAUGAUUUUGCAAAAAUGGUAAACAGCUAUAUUGCUGACUAUAGAGGUUGCCAUUCUAUUCUAACUUGUCGAUAUGUUCUCAC